AUGAUAUCAUAUCACGGCACGUCACAGCACGUCACAGAGCGUCACAAAGCGUCACACACCGUCACAGAGCGUCGCACAUCGUCACAAAGCGUCACACACCGUCACAGACCGUCACAAAGCGUCACAGACCGUCACAAAGAGUCACACACCGUCACAAAGCGUCACACACCGUUACAAAGCGUCACACACCGUCACACACCGUCACAAAGCGUCACACACCGUCACACACCGUCACAAAGCGUCACACACCGUCACAAAGCGUCACACACCGUCACAAAGCGUCACACACCGUCACAAAGCGUCACACACCGCCACAAAGCGUCACACACCGUCACAAAGCGUCACACACCGUCACAAAGCGUCACACACCGUCACAAAGCGUCACACACCGUCACAAAGAGUCACACACCGUCACAAAGCGUCACACACCGUCACAAAGCGUCACACACCGUCACAAAGCGUCACACACCGUCACAGACCGUCACAAAGCGUCACACACCGUCACAAAGAGUCACACACCGUCACAAAGCGUCACACACCGUCACAAACCGUCACACACCGUCACAAAGCAUCACAAACCGUCACACACCGUCACAAAGCAUCACAGACCAUCACACACCGUCACAAAGCAUCACAGACCGUCACAAAGCAUCACAAACCGUCACACACCGUCACAAAGCAUCACAGACCGUCACACACCGUCACAAAGCGUCACACACCGUCACAAAGCAUCACAAACCGUCACACACCGUCACAAAGCAUCAUAGACCGUCACAAAGCAUCACAAACCGUCACAAAGCAUCACAAAGCGUCACACACCGUCACAAAGCGUCGCAAAACAUGCAUCACAGUAUAUGCUGGGCAGUAUGCAUACUGGCACUGCAUCCUCCCCAUCAACAAUUGACUUGUAACAAGGGGGGAUUGUACCAUCUCUGA